UUUUCCUUUUAUUUUUUUUGUCUUUUCGAGAUCCUGUAUUUCGAACUUCUCGAAUGAGGACAAUAACCCUAACACUCUCCUCUCGUCUGGUUGAGUACAUGCACACAAAGAGGAUCUCUUCGUUUUGCAGCUUACAGCAUCUGGUAGAGAGAGACAGAGAUGGGGAGGAGGAUAUUGAACGAUGCUCUGAGAAGUAUAGUGAAUGCAGACAGAAGGGGGAAGGCCACCGUCAAUCUGCAACCGGUCUCCAAUGUCAUUGCUUCCUUCCUCCAAAUCAUGAAACAACGAGGAUACAUUAAAGAUUUUCAAGUAACAGACAUGCAUAGAGUGGGGAAGAUCACUGUAGAACUCCAAGGCAGGAUAAAUGAUUGCAAAGCUCUUACCUAUAGACAAGACCUCAAGGCAAAGGAUAUUGAACACUACAGAUUGCGUAUGCUUCCUACACGUCAGUGGGGAUAUGUUGUGGUUACGACUCCGAAUGGGUUAUUGGAUCAUGAAGAAGCAAUGAGACAGAAUGUGGGUGGUCAGGUUCUUGGGUAUUUUCACUAGAUAUUGUUGGGAUGCAAGUAGAGGAUUGAUUUUUCUAGUUUUGUGCCAGUCAAAGAAAAUUCAAACUCUUUUGUUCAAAAGUUUCUCUCUCUCUCUUUGUUUCUCUCUCUGUGUUUUGUGUGUGUGUGUGUAUUUGUUUGUGUUAUAAAUUCACUGUCUUUGAAGAGUCUCCCCAUCCUUUCUUUAUAUAAAUAAAAGGGCUCAGCAACAUUUUUUUUUCAAAAAA